CCCAUUUUGAAAACUUGGUUGACAUCAAGUUGCCCCAACAGUGGAGCUACGAGGGGACCUUGGAAUGAUCCUUUGAGGAGCGCAUGAAAGCAUGGGAAAUAAAGCUCAUGUGUUAAACUUAAUGGGGAUUUCUCAAAGGGGAAAACCAGUAAUUUAUUUGGAUAUGAAAUACAUGAUUUGUGAUGUCUGUCCUGGAAAUUCUGACACACUUCGUCUUGAGCGUUUGUAAAUCUUGAAUGGAAAUUAGCAAUUUUCAGUGCUAACUUUGAUAAAGACCUGUUCGUUUGAAGUGUCUGGAUACUGAUAUUAGUGGUAACGUUCACUUGUGUUUAACCAUUAGAGUCCAGAGGGCAGGUGUCCACAAAAUAAUACGCAAUAAUUUUUCUAAUCAGUUUUCAGAAAAAUGUGCAGGUGACCAUCGCGACAGUAAAAUGGACUGUACAAUAACACUAAACCAAUUCUGCCGUUUAUAUCUGGCGGCAUGAAAAGCACUGAUUUGAUUUUGAUGUGUCACAUAAAUCUCAUAAAUCUCGCAUGCAGCAUUUCUAGCUUGCUCAUGUUCUCGAUUCACGCAAAGUUGUUCAGGUGAGGCAAGAUAACCGCUGCAAAAUAUUUGUUGCCUGGAACUGCACACUUUGGGUCAGGGAUCAUUUUCGUGAGUUUUGAAAGAGGCGAUACUGCUUUUGCAACAUAACGUAUAAAUGAGCACCCUGUCUUUGGCAGCGUUCAGUGCGCUGGACUUGUGAUUGCUUUCCUCCCAAAAUCCUAUCUUGUCAUAGAAAACACAAUGUGAAACUGACUCUGUUCAUGGUUUCUAAUUGUAACGUUAUAAAUAUAAUCCCGUUUGGCUGAGUUGUCUGCAUGGGGUCGGGGAUACUUGUUUCGCGACAUCAUGCGCCAUACCGUUUCCAUUAAAUGACGAGUAUGAUUCGGUGAAUUGGUCAGAAUGCAAUGGGCUCUUUUUUUUUUUUUUUUUUGGGGGGGGGAGUACUCGCUUUACAUGACAUGAUAGUGGAGCGUCGUAUAAACUACAUACUUGACUGCGCCAUGAAAUUGAAUGCGGAGAGGUGGGGGCUUGUAUUGGCACUGUGUCCAUGCAAUAUAAAAAUGGUUUCGCGGUCAUGAGGCUUGAGGCGCUUGUUUGUUGUUCACACUUUGUGUUUUGUUUCCGCUCGUAGAAGCACGCGACUGUCUGCUGCAAGCAUUGGCCAAGUUGUAAGAGACUGCCAAACACCGACAAGAUGUGUUGUUAGGGUAGGCUGUCCAAACCACGUCGUGACCUUCUGAAACCACAGACAGAUGAGCAAUAACCUGCUUCUUGGAUUGCAUGAGCACAGCGGUAGAGCAGAGCUCGACGACUCCCCCGGUGGACAUUGAGGAGGGGGGAGGAGGAAGAAGACGAGACCGCUGCACUAAAUAUCCAUAGUAUGGGCCAAAAAGUCCCAGGUGGUAUUAAAACUAUUGAUAUGAGAGAUCCGGCGUUCAGCCCCCUGAAGCUGGAGUUACAAGCUUUGAAUCACACCAAGCCUUCUCGACUGGACCUGCUGCUGGAUAUGCCGCCUGCCAGCACAUACGUGCAGGUCCAGCAUUCGUGGAACAAUGACGACCGCUCGCUCAACAUCUUUGUUAAGGACGAUAACAAGCUGGUUUUCCACAGGCACCCUGUGGCGCAAAGCACGGAUGCCAUCCGCGGCCGCGUUGGCUAUACACGGGGACUGCAUGUGUGGGAAAUCAGUUGGGCCAUGCGUCAGAGGGGCACGCAUGCCGUGGUGGGUGUGGCAACGAGCGACGCUCCGCUGCACUCGGUUGGCUACACGGCGCUGGUGGGAAGCAACAGCGAGUCUUGGGGUUGGGACUUGUGCAGGAGUAAACUGUACCAUGACAGCAAUCACUCUGGAAAAACGUACCCGUCCUUCCUCGAGCCAGAUGACACCUUCAUCAUACCAGACUCCCUCUUAGUCGUUUUGGACAUGGACGAAGGGACUCUGGGUUACAUUGUGGAUGGCCAUUACCUGGGGGUGGCCUUCCGUGGACUGAAAGGCCGCAAGCUCUACCCAGUGGUGAGCGCCGUGUGGGGACACUGUGAAAUACGAAUGCGGUACAUAAACGGACUUGACCCUGAACCUCUGUCCCUGAUGGACCUGUGUCGGCGCUCUGUGCGGGUGGCUCUAGGGAGAGAACGUCUGAGUGAAAUUCAAAGGCUGCCCUUGCCGGCUUUUCUCAAGAACUACCUGCUCUACCAAUGACGGCACGUUCAAGUUCAAGCGUACACUCCUCCCCUUCUCUCUGGCUCCUUUCUCUCUUGUGCUUCUCUGGGAUCUUCCUUUGGUCAAACUUGUUUGACAGCAUUUCUGAAGCCUGUUGGACAGACUUGGGCUCACUGAUGUUUCAACAAGUAUGCUUUUGUGAUGGUGGCUGGACUCAUUUUUGAGGUUCUUAUCCUGUUUUAAUGACUUCUCCAAUUCCACUCUUAACUUCAAAGAAAUCAGGAAUCACUGAGCUCUAUGCACAUGCUGAUGGGGGGGGGGUAUGCCUCGACAGUCAAGCCAAUAGUGGUCAGUAUCUCAUGUAAAACUCAAGACUCUGUAUUGGUAAUAUUUUAAUAUUUUGAUCGCAAUAAAAUAUUUCACUGAUGUGCCAUGUUGCACAAUGGCCACAAGAUGGCAGCAUUGACGCGCGUCAUGGAAACAUGAGCAUGACGAGCUCCAGCUCCCCGACAUCCCUGAGAAUAAGCUAUUUAAAGAUGGAGGGAAGCUAUCUUUUGUUUUAAGAAAUGAUUUUUAAAUAGACGCAGGCUUUUGUGUUUGCAAUUGACCUGAGAUGCUGACUACUACAGCGAGAGUAGCUACACUUUGACCCGUAAUUUCCUGCUCACACUCAAGGCAUCUGACAGAACUAACUACAUCAGCAGAAAUCCUCUGAAAUAUGUCACUGUGAUCAUUCAUAGCAUGCAUCUGCAAGAAAUAUUUCUGUUUGUGAUUGCAUUGUUUUUUUUUUAAAGUCUCGUUUUUUUUUUCUUAGUGCCACUUUGACUUGUGUUGUUCCCACAGCAACCAUCACCACUGAGCGCACAAAGUAAAAACCAGCUCGUUGAGAUGUGUGAAUGGAACCGGAACAUAUCGGGGCACAUGUUUUGCUUGGGGGAAAAGCAGAUUUUGUUUUGUGCGUCAACAAAACUGUACGUUUACAGCGCCACGAUUGACAAAGCAGAACGACAAUCCACAAAGUGCUGCUCUGUCAUGCAAGUAAAGUCCUCUGCUGCCAACUUUGUCAAACGACAAAUAGCGCUAUCAUAUCAGACCUGAUUCUGGUGUUUCUCAACAUGUAUCUCCAUGAUCUUAAGUCAGCACUCCAUGUGCCACGACUGUCUUGACCUUACUGCUUGCAUUUUAUUUUUAUCUCGAUGUAGAUGUUUGUAUCUAUUAAAGAUUAUUUCUGGUUGA